GGAGCGGCUCCGUGCGCGGAUGACAUGCAAAUCCGGAGUUCUGCCGGUAAAAGCGUUACGCUGUCAGCAGGGAUGGCCAUUCAUCUAGAAGGAAAGAGAGAGAGACGGAGAGUUAGGAGGUACAGAGUGCGAGACUUGACAUUAAGAGUACAUUUACAGUCUAGGUGGUUACAAAAGAAGAGUUAAACUAGACGUUGCUCUUCUUUUGUUCCCCUUUUUGGCCGUUUCCUUCCACAUUUAAGACGCGUUACGCGUGGACAUGUCUGCUGCGCGGGGACAAGAGGAGCUUUGAAGCCUUUCCAAAAAAACAAAAGAAAAAGAAUUUAUCUAACUGUAAUUCAGAAAGUGGCUUCUGAACUGCACGGACAAGACAAGAAACUAAAGUGGAGAUCGCUUUGUUCCGGGGUUUUUUUUUUUUUUUCUGUGCGCACAGAGACUCAUAUCCGGCGCGCUCGGACUAACGGGGAAGAAAAGCGCACCGCAGCUGUAAGACUUCCACGCGCAGAUUAGAAAAGUCAAGCAAAGACAAGCGCCCGGGCCGGGACGCAGAGGAGAAUCCGUUUGUUGUGGUGCGCCCGAGGAAGAAUCCGGAGGUUUAUAGCGAAGAUCGUCGGGACGCACUGUGGCUCACAAAUGGUGUUCCUGUGGGACGCGAAAUACGACCCAGCCCCUGGCCGGCGAUACACUCCCCCCUCCACCACUCUCGGCUCAGGGGGGAAGAUGACUGAGGCCCUGCCCCUGGGAGCCCAGGAAGCCGGUGGGGGGGCCACCCUGGUGGGCAAACUGCGCAUGGCCGACCGCGGCGGCAUGGUGGAGGUGAUCUCAGAUCAUCCAGGAGAACUUGUGAAGACAGACAGCCCUAAUUUCCUCUGCUCUGUGCUCCCCACUCACUGGAGGUGUAACAAGACUCUGCCUAUUGCUUUUAAGGUGGUUGCCAUGGGCGACAUCCCUGAUGGAACCUUGGUGACGGUGAUGGCCGGGAACGACGAGAACUACUCAGCGGAGCUCCGUAAUGCCACAGCCGCCAUCAAGAGCCAAGUAGCCAGAUUCAAUGACCUGCGCUUCGUCGGACGCAGCGGAAGAGGAAAGAGUUUCACUCUGACCAUAACGGUGUUCACCAACCCUCCUCAAGUGGCCACAUACCAGAGAGCCAUUAAAAUCACAGUGGACGGUCCCAGAGAGCCACGACGUCACCGCCAGAAGAUGGACGAGGUCAAACCGAGUUCCCUGGCUUUCUCUGAGAGACUGACUGAGCUGGAGCACCUGAGGAGGAGCACCAUGAGGGUGACGCCACCCCACCACCACCACCACCAUCACCACCAUCAACCGUCAGCCAACAGUCGCCAGUCGGCGGUGCUCAACUCUGCCACAUUCACCAGCCCCACGCACUCUCAGAUAACUGCUGACUCCAGACAGAUGCAGUCAUCUCCAUCAUGGUCCUACGACCAGUCCUAUCCCUACCUUGGACAAAUAACUACGCCCGCCGUCCACGCGGCCAAUCCCCUUUCGCCUGGUCGCUCUUCGCUCAGUGACUUGUCCUCACGACUCACAGGUCAAGACCUCACAGCCUUUGGUGACCCAAGGAUGACGUUAGAACGGCCUUUCUCCUCACUUCCCUCCUUACCUGACUCCCGUUUCUCCGACCCCCGUGUGCACUACCCUCCUACGGCGGCCGCUUUUACCUAUGCUCCCUCCCACAACCCAGUCUCCAACAGCGCCCUCGGCAUCACCAUGGCAACAGCCAUGGCGACCACGCCUGCAGGGCGGUACCACACCUACCUGCCUCCUCCUUACCCUGCAAAUACCCCACACCAAGCUCAGAAUGGCCCCUUCCAGUCCACUUCCUCACCGUAUCACCUCUACUACUCCACUGCCGCAGGCUCUUACCAGUUUUCCAUGAUGGCUGGGGGAGGAAGCAGUAAUGACUCCCGCUCGCCGCCGAGGAUCCUGCCUCCGUGCACCAAUGCCUCGACAGGCUCCUCCCUCCUGCACCCUUCUCUGCCCAAUCAGAACGAAGUGGGCGGCGUGGAGGUGGAGUCCAGCCACAGCAGCUCCCCAUCAAACAUGGCUGCUGCUGAAGCGGUCUGGAGACCCUACUGAACAGUUUCGAGGUGGAAGAGGCCAAAGGGUGUGCACAUUGAAAGGGACCUACUGAUCAUGUGAUGGCAGACACUGGCAAGGGUGGAUCCAAACUACACUGAACUUAUUGAGAAUUUACGGCCAAUCAAUCACUUGAGGCUUGUAUGUUGGCUGAUAUUUUUUGAUAUUUUUAUUAUUGUGAACAAAUCCCAUGAAGAGACCAACAAACUUCACAGGCAUCAAACUUUCUCUUAAAGAUAUCCUGUAACUUUUGUAUGGAAGAGGGUUAGGCCUGGAAUCAUUAAGAGAGUUAAAGGCUAGAUUCUAGGAAAAGUUGGAUGUCCAAUAAAAAUAAGCUAAAUAUUUGAAAGUUUAACAACAGCGCUCUGUCAGAAACCUCACUGUCCCCAGCCUGGUGUUACCAGAUCACCAUUCAGGGGAAGAACAAGAUCAUUUCCAUGCAAUCCAACAGUUCCAACCAAUCAGAGAUCAUUUGUUCUCCACAAAUUCAACUCCACACCACUUAGAUGAUCUACGACUACAUCACUGCACAACAUAAAGUCCAACCAAUUUGAUUUUAAUUGGAGCAUAAUCAGUUAUGCUUGAGGUUAAUUGGUUCCAAACGGAGAGACUCCAGAUCAAAUGUGAGAUCAACUGUAAGUGGUUUGGACAUGGUAGCUUCCAGUCUCCAUAAAUCAGAAGAAAUAAAAAAAACAAAAAAAACAACUGUUUCUGCCAGCCCUCCAACAGCAGGCAUUCGUGGUCCAUCUUUAUGUAUUGGUUUGGGUCUCUCCUAUGGGAUGUUGGCAAUAAAAAAAAUAUUAGACUUAUUUGUCCUGCUAACAAAGAAUGCAUUGAAUGCAUUGCACAUUCUGGAUUAUCUUGUCCCCAAAUUUCCUCCUGUUUUGAAAUCUCAUCGUCUAACAAAGGGUUUCAGAACAUCCUUAGGAAGCAAGGAGGAAAUCUGAGGACAUACCAUAUGGCAGCCCUAAUGGUGAUUUUUCAAAUUAAACUGCAUGUUAGGAGCACCAAAAUGUUCAAGUAUGUUGGUUUGUAAUUCAUCACUCGACUACAGGGGCCAGAUGAGCGCACUCGGUUUAAGAAUGUCCACUGACUUACAAUGUUGGCAGGCAGAAAGACUGGUGGGUGCAUUUGUCAUUAGACAGAAGUGACAGAACUGUCUUAUCAGGUUGCAUAGGCCUCACACCCCAGUCCCCUUCUCAGGACAGAGAACGAAACACUGGACUCCAGGGGAGCUUCGGCAACAUGAAGAAGCUAAACGGACAUAAAUGUAGAGAUACAGGGUAAAAUUUUACACUGACAAAGUGCAUGUGGCAGCACUGGAGGGAUAUCACUUCAGCAGCCUUUGUGAAUUUCCAAGGCGUUUUUAUGCCAUAAAUGUAAUUGAUGUUGUGAAUAGAUUAUUUGCUGAUGCCAAAUGCUGUGACGGCCUACUUGUGUUUUGCAAUUUUUUUAUGCAUUACUCAUCGUAUUGUCUCCCAACUCCAUUUCAACACGGUGCUCUCAUACUUCACAUUUUUAGAAAACUGAGCUCAUCAUCUCUUAAAAAAGAAGUUCACAACUUACGGCUAAGUCCAAACGCCCACGUACAUGACAGAUCCAAACGCCCAACGUAAAUUUGAUUUUAAUCCUAAUUUAACACGGGUGAAAAUGUUGAGUUGCAGAUAAACCCGAGGAUUUUGCAUGAAAAGCUUCCAGCUGAGUCUUUCAUGUUCAUCGUCACUGCUAAUAUUUCGACAUUGUCCUCCACCUCCCAGCCAUGUUGGAUUGUGAUUCACCACACUGAGCAACAAUUCAGUUCCAGGAAUGCUUUAAUUCCUUUAGUACCUUUUUUGGUAACAUUUGUUUGUGUCUUCUUCCUAUUCCAGUUCUCCAAAUUAAACUAUUUCUAGCCCAAGACAGGGUGAGAGAGUAAUAGAGAGCGAGGGGAGUCACAUUUGCACAUGAUCCACUGUUGGUUUGUACUGUAUAUAGCAAUGGCUGUAAGUGACACCACAUUUAAUCAUGGUCCAUCCCCCACCCCCCCAAAUUUCUCUCUCUCUGGGGUGGUGUUAGCCACAAGAUGACUACACGGAAUAUUAAGUUCAGCCAAAGAUCAUGAAAAACUUUAUUGGGCAAAGUAUUAGACAGCUUACCAAUUACGUUAGGUGAAGCUACUGCAACACUAAGCAGCUAAAACUCAGGUGAUGCACACGACAAUACACAUCCAGCACCGGGUGAGUUUCUUGUACACGGUCAAGAACCGCAAGCGAAGGCGUCAAUAUGCUACGAAUAUUCAUAUGUGGCUGUAUGAAAAAUAAAAAGUUCGAACACCACCUCUCACCACACAUCAUUGUGUGACAUUAGCAUGUCUUAGAUUGCUAUGUUUGAAAAGCUAUGCCUCAAUGUAAGAUACUUCCCCACAACUUUGAAGCAUACUGGCACCUUACUGCUGUACUACUACGAUUGCCUUGGCACUAGUUCUGGGAGUUUCAGACUGUGGGGCCUGUAAAGCAUUUUGAGAAACUUGUUAUAUAUACAAACAAAACUGAAAUUCAAUAUGACUAGCAUGAAGGCAAGGGUUUAUAUGGCCGGCUGGAGGAGUUCAAGACCCUGGAUGAAAAAGCUCAAAAGAAAGCUUGCUGAAAGCACACAAUGAAUUGCUGUAAGAACUUUUCGGACACAUCAACAACUUCAUACAGCCCUAGGACAGGUGAGAGGAGGUAGGAAGGUAGGCAGAACAUUUCUUUCAAAGUGUGUUUUUCUUUUUGAGAGAGUCCACUACCUGGCACGUGCCAUUAUUUGCAUCUUCUGGUCUUACUUCCUGCCUUUGAGUUAAAAGCGGUUCACCGCAACAGACGCCACAUACUACGUGAUUAAUUGGUGGUAAGCCCUGGACUAUUCUGAGACAAAACGCCUCCUAUGUUAAUGUUGUUGAUGCUGAUGAAUUUGAGGAUUCAUGUGGUGCAUAUUGGUACCCAAAAGCCUUAGUUCAUUGGGUUUACAAAGCUGAAAAGAACACUGAAGUGUACCACAGCCGACUGCAAUGACAGUAGAAUGUAUUUACCUCCCAAUUGACUGAGCUGGAUACUGUGCAUGAGCUAGCCCAGAUUAACUCCAUUUGAGGUGAGGAAUAGUAAGAUACCGUGGACAAAGAACAGUGGAGGGAACUUGUUGAGAUCCCUAGUCCCAGAGGGAAACAAUUGGCCGUAAGACACACGUAACCCGAAAACUAACUGUUGUGUGAUUCAUGGCUACUUGAGAUUAAACACCACUUGGGAUUUCA